AUGUCCCUCCUUCAGAACGAAGAUUUCGUGCUAUACCAGCUUCGGACGGCCUACCUGGGCUCCAUCAAGGACGGAGUCGGCGAACGACUGAUCAGUGUCGACUCGAGUGUCCUGAACAACCCCGCCUACCGUGCUGCGGGCUGGGUGCCCAACGCCUCAGACAUUAAGCGCACAUACUCCCCGCCCAUUCCUACCGCCAUCACCUCCGAGUACUUCCAGGCUCCGCGGUCGGCUGGCCUGAAGCCGCCAGAGGGCUUCGGCGACGAUGAAGAAGAGGGCGGCAUGGUGACGGGCGGCGGAAGCAACGACACCGUGGGGCCUACCUUGAAUGCGAAGCGCAGGCGGCGCAAGGAGCAGCUGGAAGAGGACGACAGCAGCGACCUCAGCGAUGAAAGCGACGACGAUGACGAUGCGCAAAGACCGGCCAACCAAAUCAAGUUCACUAAGAUGCCUCUACGGACUCGUUCUGGCUCGUCGCCCGUGCCUGGAUCAGCUCUGCGCAACGAGCUGGCAGAGGCCGGAGAAGGGCCUUCACUGCUGAUUACAUCGCCAACACGCCCGCCGGAUGAACUGCCACGCAGGUCGUCACUGCCUACGGUUGAGACAAGCAAAGGAAGGCCGAGGAGAGACACCAUCACGAGUAGCGAAAUGUCAUCGGAAAAUGAAUUCGACAACUCGUCCUUUAAAAAGAGGAGAGUCAAUCCGCGAAAGUCUGCCAAUGCGAGCCACGGGCUUUCCCAACGCAUCGACGAGCACCAGGCAGAGGCUGGCGGGUCACGCGCACGUCUUGAGGCCCUCGACGAAGGUGAUGAGUCGGACGACUCUUUGACGUCUGAAUUCUCUGGUUCCGACGAUAGUGCUUCGCUCAUUGGCGCAGACGGCGACCCUCUGGAUUCGUCUCCCGCCGGUGAACUUACCACUAUGCCUGGCCUCACGCCUUUCCAAAACAUGUCUCCCAAGAAAAAGAAGCCUGAGCCGGUCCAGCCAACACUCCAGGCUCUGCCUCCACCACGACCGAUUAGUUUCGUGUUGCCCGUGAGUGCCUUGACUCAAGCGAUUCGAGCCAAGGAGCAGAAGCCAUCCGACCCGCUGCAGCGUUUUGCCGUGUGGAACGCUGCCAGUGAGGCUCAACAAAACCCCCUGUUUAUUAAACUCUACUGCCCAUUCUCCUCGAAACCAUCCAAACCUAUGGAGCUGCUGAUUAGAAAGUUCAACGACAAAGGCGAGGGGCCUACCGUGGCUGAAGCUAUAGGAUACGCCCUGCACCGGUACCAGGAAGAGAAGAUGGAGCCGCCUUUGACAGCCGAACAGAAGAAUGUGAAUCGCUGGGUCAUGCGCAUGUACGACGACGGCGAAGUCGACGACGAGUUUCCGCCAUUGACAAGGAACAAGCCACUGAAAGACUUUGCGUCCAACAACGCCCGCGGUAUGCGACCUCGUGCGCGAGACAAGCCUUGGGAUGAAUUUGCGCUUGUAGAAGCAACGCAGCGGGAGUUUGGUGAGAACGAGAAGCUCACGCCCAUCUACAGUCAAGAGGCGGCGAGUGCUCUCGCAUCACAGAGCGACGCCCAGGACGGCCCUGAAGAAAAGGAGGAGAAGAAGCCUGUCAAGCCUGUUCCCAGUCGCGCCAAGAGCUUCCGGAAUCCCAUUACAGGUCCUUCGUUUGCGCCAACAGCGACACGCAAAGACACAAGCAAUCUUGCAGACGUGCCAAAGGUGCCGCAGUCGCAUGCUGCAAGUCGCACUGGAGCCCCGAGGACCGUCAAUAUUCAUUUCACAGACGAAAACUUCAACACGAAGCACUUUUCACUACCCUGUACAACCGACACCUAUAUUGCCGAUCUAUUCGACCAAGUAUGUCAUGAUUUACAGCUCGAGAAGGCGUUAUACAUUCUCAAGGUAAGCGGAAGCACCACGGUAGCACCGCCAGAUCGGACUGUAGAAGCGUUGGAUACACGCAUGGAUCUCGAUUUGGUGCGCCGGCGCUUUGUGGGCGAUGGUGUGUUUGGACUGGCGGGAUCACCAGGCUCUUCAUCGCCCAACGCGCCACUCAUCAUCAGCACGGGUGGAGCGCCAAAGAAGACGAAGAAGGGAGACCGUACGCAUGCAGCUGUGUCUGGCCAAGGUCUUCUCCACCCACUUGCACGAAAUGCAGACUCUGGCGCCCUCGCCCUCACAACAACAAACUACUAUCGUCGUUACGCCGUGCUCCGCAAACAGCCCAUGUCGUUUGCCUCUUCGACAUCUCGCAUCCUUGCCCUCGACAACGAGUACAUCCACAUUAUGCCUGGCGAGUCCAAGACCGGGGCACGCGGUGGCUUUGGCGUCGAGGGACAGGGCAAAACGACCACUGUGCAUUUUAGCAGCGUAGUCGGGAGCAAGGUGUCGAAGAAGCAUCCCAAGAUGUUCCGCGUCAUUGUGUUCAAGGAGCGCGAGACGAAGCGCUAUGAUUUCGAAGCGCAGAGCGUCGAUGAGGCGGUGGAAAUUGUCCGCGAGAUUAAAAAGGGCGUCGAGAGGUUCCAGGAGGGCAUUGUGUAGUUGGUGGUGAUUGAUAUAUCCUUGGAUGUCUUUGUAUAGGUCCAGCUUUGGCGUUGAGUUUUUU